UGGUUCGGCUGUCAGUUCAACAAUCGUGAUAUUUCAUUUUCGUGUGGUGUAUCAAGCGGCAAUUGUUUUAAAACACUUUUCAUCUAAACUAUAGCAAGACAAAAUGGAUAUGGAUUGUUCAAACGACUGGAGAAAUGCUCAUCAUAGCACUGGAACCACGAUUAUGGCCGUAGAGUUUGAUGGUGGCGUAGUAAUCGGCGCUGAUUCACGUACCAGCACGGGAACGUAUGUAGCCAACCGAGUCACCGACAAGCUCACGAAGCUGACGGACAAAAUUUACUGCUGCCGUUCCGGUUCUGCUGCCGAUACGCAGGCCAUUGCAGACAUUGUCGCAUACUCGCUAAACUACCAUGAGAACCAGACGGGCGAGGAACCGCUCGUUGAGGAUGCGGCUAACGAAUUUCGUCAGUACUGCUACAACUACCGUGAAACCCUGGUGGCUGGUAUCAUCGUGGCCGGCUGGGAUCCCAAGAAGGGUGGCCAGGUUUACUCGGUUCCGGUUGGAGGCAUGCAGAUUCGACAGAGCGUUACGAUCGGCGGUUCCGGCAGCUCGUACAUCUACGGCUUUGUGAAGGAGAACUACCGCGAGGGUAUGGCACGGAACGAGUGCGUGGAGUUUGUGAAGAAAUCGGUCUUCCACGCAAUGUACCACGAUGGUAGCUCGGGCGGUGUUUGCCGCAUCGGGGUCAUCACGAAGGAUGGCGUCGAGCGGGAGGUGUUCUUUGCGCCGCGCGAUUACGAGAAUGUUCCCGCCCGUUCCGCUGCACCGAGUGUAUCCGUUCAGGCUUAAGGUAUGAUUUUCUUAACGGUGUUUGUAAGGAACGUUUUCUUUCUACUGUGGUAAAUGAUUUUGUGGCCGAAAUACACUUAUAAAUCGGUACG